AUGGUCGCCGAUGCCCUGAUCUACCACCCUACUGUCGCGCACUACAACAAGUUCGUCGCGACGACCACUAACGACUUUUCAUUCNNAGUCGGUCGCGACAAGGCCCUUCGUCUCGUCCAAUACCUCUCUCGCUUCCUCGCAUGGUACACCCUUCGCACCAACAGCCCUCAAGCAACAGUCGUACAAUGGGCCAAGCUCAAAGCCAACCUCGGCCUCGUCCGUAAAGCCAUGCGUAUUGGCAAGUUUGUCGAGCACUUCCGCGCCGCAGCAAGUGCCUACGAUGCAAAGACCCUUGACCCCGUCAUCCGCUUCUGCACUACUGGAAGACAGCUUGGAUACGGAGCUUACAUGCUCACUGACACAUUGACCUAUCUGGAUGCUUCAGGCGUGAGGCCGAGUGCUAUGGCCAAGAGAAUGCAGGUUCAGGCUUACAAGGCGUGGAUGACGGGGUUGUGCUUUAGUGUCUUGAACGGCGUCUACACCAUUUACAAGAGCAGGAAUGAGGAGGCUGCGCAGACGGACAAGGCAGUCGCUGCCGAGAAGACGGUCGAGGUUAAGAAGUUGCAGCGUGAGAGAAGUGCUGCCCAGACACAGCUCAUCUCCGAUCUUUGCGAUCUCUUCAUCCCCGUUUCCGCUCUGGGCUACAUCAACGUCGACGAUGGCGUUGUCGGUCUUGCUGGUUGCGUCAGCUCCCUGAUUGGUCUGAUGGCACAGUGGAAUAAGACUGCUUAA